AUGGUCAAGAAACUCGGCUCUCUCCUUGGUGAUGCAGAGGAUGUCACCCGCAGAAAGCAGCUUGCGGCGAUAGCGUUUAAGUCCCUCUGCCAGUUAUGGAAGAGAAGAGACCAAGUGAGUCUGGGGGUGCGCGUCCGGCUGUAUAACUGCUUCGUGUUACCUGUCUUGCUUUACAACUGCUCCACAUGGGGCAUCACUCGACAGACAAUUGAAGCGCUGGAAUCGUAUCAUCGGCGGCAACUUCGGCAUAUCUUGGGUAUCAGGUGGCCCAACCGACUGUCGAACGAUUUGGUUUACGAGCGCUGCAGUGCUGCUCCACUUGGCAACAUUCUGGUGAAUGCAAGAUGGCGGUUGUUUGGCCACAUUCUGCGAUCAGAUGAGCACACACCGGCUAGGGAGGCCAUGAGUGGAUUCUUUGGCUGCUCCGUGCCGGGAUACCGUGGGCGGCCGCGGAUCACGCUACCGGUCCUGCUGAAUCAAGACGCGGAGCGAGUCGGCUGCCGUCUGAGGACUCCAAGGGACUUGCAGCUGAUGGCUCAGCGAGCACUGGAUCGCCGUGAAUGGACAUAUCUGUGCAACGCAGUUGCAGAUGCGUACAAGGCAGAGUACUGGUGA